CUUAGAUAAAAAAAAAUCUACAAAAACUCCAAUCAUCGGAAAUUUAGAAAGGAAAAACGAACACAAAUUCUCCCAUUUUUUCCGCUAAAGCCUCCGAUCCGCUGCUCUUACUCAGAAAUUAUGAGUGAUCACCUGGUGUUGUAUGUGGACCGUCUGGUGAGGCCGGUGCCCGUACAGCCGGUGGAGUCGGAGAGUGGUCCGUCAACGGAGAUUUCGGGGCCUUCGUGCUCGGCGGAGGAUAAGGUGAAGGAGGUGGUCCGAGGAGACGAGGAGGACGAGGAGGAGCCGCUGAUUCAGGCGGUCGAGUGCCGCAUCUGCCAGGAGGAAGAUUCCAUCAAGAAUCUUGAGACUCCUUGUGCCUGCAGUGGCAGCCUCAAGUAUGCGCAUAGGAAGUGCGUGCAGCAUUGGUGCAAAGAGAAAGGAGAUAUAAUUUGUGAGAUAUGUCAUCAGCCUUAUCAAUCUGGUUAUACUGCUCCACCUCACCCACGAACUGAGGAAACUGCUAUUGAUAUUGGUAGAGGCUGGACAAUCUCUGGUGCCUCUCUAGAUUUGCGUGAUCCUCGCCUCUUGGCCAUUGCAGAGGCAGAGCGCCAAUUUUUGGAAGCUGAGUAUGAUGAAUAUGCUGCAUCAAAUGCCAGUGGAGCUGCAUUUUGCCGUUCAGCUGCUCUAAUUUUAAUGGCGCUUCUGCUAUUGCGGCAUGCAUUGAGUGUUCCAGAUGCUGAUGCAGACGAUGAUGCAUCUACUUUUUUCUCUCUUUUCUUGCUUCGAGCUGCUGGAUUUCUCUUGCCAUGCUACAUCAUGGCUUGGGCCAUCAGUAUAUUGCAGCGCCGAAGGCAAAGACAGGAAGCAGCAGCGCUGGCUGCAACACAGGUUGCUUUUGUGAUACAAUCUGGGCAGCGGAGGGGCAUGCGUUUUACCAUUGCAUCAGGACCUGCGGUGACUUCCCACCAGGAAAGUGUUUGACUUGUAGGAGACAAGAAAUCCUGCACUGACAUUAUAUUGGAAGUUAGCGAACAAAUGAGGAUGGUACCCCUAUCAAUAAACUUGAAAAGCUUUUUAUUUUUAAUCCCCAAAUAGAUAGUUGAGAAAGGUUUGGAGCUGUACUAAUAUCUGUUUUAAUGAAUUGUUGAAAAAUUUGGGUAGCUCUUCAGUCAUUUCCUUAUCUUGUACCUGUCAUUGUGUAUAUGUAUAUAUGAGCUUAGCAGUGCUUAACCUGAGCUAUCCAGUUCUUGUGAAUGCGGAAUUCUCAUCUUGAGUUCCAAUGCCAUAGUGAACUGAUGUUUCGGUCAUUGCUGUUUCGGUUGAACUCUCCUGUGGUAACAUUUUUUUACCAUGGUGGUUUUGGAGUCUUACGUGAUGACGUAAACAAGUUGCAUGGCUUGGGAAAUGAUCUGGUAUCAAAUUAGAAUCCAAACAGACCAACAAAGUUUUAGGUGUAAAAAAAAAA